AUGCCGCUGCUCGGCAAGAAAAAGCUGGGUAAGCUGACGUCGUCAGACAGAGCCAAUGCUGCAAAGUCUGGUGCCGAUCAGUCUGCCACUCAAGUCACUGACAAACGUGAACCCCCCUCGUCUCUUACUUCCAACGCAGCCGCUACGCAGGCUGACCUUAGCAGCGCGAAGACGCCUACUCCUUUGGCGGUGACCGCCUCAGCGCCGUCUACACCUGGUACGAAUCGUACUGCUGCCUCCCUCGCACCAUCUGUGCCGGAGUCCACCUCGUCUCAUGCGCGUUCCCACUCUUUUGACUUGCGCCGCAAACUGCGUAUGCCAAGCAACAAAUCUCUUGGCAAUAAGUCGUCAUUUGGCUUUCGGCGCGUACGCACGGGCAAUGACACGUUGCCCCCCAGCACGCCGAAAUUGGAGAGUGCCGAGGUGACUGGGCCUGAACAGUCUGCAACGUCGGGCACACCGAAGGCCCAAGCGCCGGGAACGCCCAAUAGUUUUGGUUUUCCUAUGAACGCCAGCUCUAUGUCUCUUCGUCCAUUCCGCUCGAAGGACUCAGGAUCGCUGACGCCAAAGCAAGUCGACAAAGGUAAGGGCAAAGCUCGCGAGGAUGAUCCGAUUCCUCCCAUGCCUGUCAUUGACCCUGAACGGUUUCCCAACCUCGCAUCUGAGAAAUUCCAGGGAAUACCAGGCGAUGAAAACUCCAUAAAGGACGAGAAGCCCGGUCAUGUGGUGCUUUUGCCCCGGAUCCCUGCGUCUAGCGUUCCCGCCACUCCCCCUGCUACUUCGCAGCGUGCAGUGACAAGCCCCGUGUACAGUGAGCUGAGCCGAUCGUCACCGUAUGUGCCAUCGGCCGGGGGGCUUGCACCGUCCAUUUCGGGGGCCGGACUUAAUCUGUCCUCGUUCAGCCCUCCGACGUCGCCCCCGCGUCCCCUUAAGUCGGAGCUGUCGCCUACGAGCACACAUCUUCCUCCGUAUCUCAUGGAAACGCUAGCGCUUGAGCCUAGCAAGCGCAUUCUUAAGCUUCAGUCGUCGACCGCUGAGCUGCAGGAACACGAUGCACCUGCGGUACUUGCUAAAGACAAAAUCGGCGCAAGUCCAGUAAAGGACUCAGUGCAAUCUGAGACGAGUGGUCUCGCGGGCUUCUCGCCGCUCAAAAAUCCCCUGUCAUAUCUUAUCGGCUCGAAAGAUAGCAAGAGCGGCGCUGCUGAUGAGUCCACUACUACUGUGAUUCAGCGUCCGGAACAGGGCCAUUCUGACCUUGAAUCUGACGCUGCCUUGGAGUACGAGGACGCGAGUAUUGACGGAACACACGCGUCGCAUGCACCGACGGUGAUGUACGACGCCGACGAGUUCCUUGACGCGGCGACGUCGGUGGAAGGGCAUGACACGGAGGUCCCUUGGUAUGACCCCAUCGAGAAGGCCCCGAUUCAGUCGUCACAAGAGAAGCGCGCCAUGCCAGGGUCGGUUCCCUCAGAUUUUGGUCACACGGGUCAGUCUGCUUUAAUGCCGUCCGCACCGAAGCUGGACCAAUCCUCGGAUCGUGCCGAGCCAGCUAUCCAGGAGACCGUGUCUGAUCUGAGCGAAGAGACGACACAAAGUGUGCUUUCUGCGCCGACCCCGCCAGAGAAGCCCGCUCUUUUGCCUCAGCCUGCUCCGGGACCAUCGGACACGAUGGCGUCUACCAAGCUGACAUCUGACGAUGUCACAGCUGAACCGCAGCCGGAGUCUAAGUCCACCUUGCUUGGAUCGCUGAGUGAAGCCAUCUCUAGCGCAAGCAGUGCUGGUAUUGCUAUGCUCGUGGGCCAACGCGACAGGACGCCUGAGCCCAAGCUCGAGACGGAGCCCAAGCUCGAGACGGAGCCCAAGCUCGAGACGGAGCCCAAGCUCGAGACGGAGCCCAAGCUCGAGACGGAGCCCAAGCUCGAGACGGAGCCCAAGCUCGAAGAGACCAAGAUCGAAGAGCCUAAGCUCGAGACGGAACCCAAACUCGAGACGGUGCCCCAAUUAGAGACGGAGCCCAAGCUCGAAGAGGCCAAGACCGAAGAGCCCAAGCUCGAGGAGCCCAAGUUCGAAGAGGCCAAGACCGAAGAGCCCAAGCUCGAGGAGCCCAAGAUCGAAGAGACCAAGACCGAAGAGACCAAGACCGAAGAGCCCAAGCUCGAGACGGAGCCCAAACUCGAAGAGGCCAAGACCGAAGAGCCCAAACUUGAGACGGAGUCCAAACCUGAAACGGCGUCCAAGAUCGAGACGGAACCUACGAUUGAAGAGCCUAAGCUCGAGACGGGACCUACGAUCGAGGAGUCUAAGAUCGAGACGGAGCCUGCUCAGAACACCGAAGACAAUGUGGCCUCUCCUACUCCACUUCCCGCCGGAGAUAAGCCACCGGUGCCACCGCGCAUGCGCCCGCUCAUGACCUCGUCGGAGAUAGUGCCUGAGGAUGCACCUGUCUCCGAGUCUGGGCUGCAGUCAAUGGAGGAGCCCAAAGUACACAACUUGGCCGCUACGACCUCGAACAAUGUGCCUGUGGAGCCCCCAUCUCUUUCCUCCAAGACAGCACCCGGCGCGAAAACCGCCAUGGAGACGGUCCCUGUGGGUGCUGCUCCGACAGUGGAGCAAGCAAAGGAAGAAGCUAGGGACCGUGCUCUGCCUGUGGAGCCCGUGUCUGAGCCGUCGAAUGUGCCGCCAUUGACGACAGCAUCUUUAACCGCCGACGAUGCUACUGGCAUGGUUGGCGCUACGGGGGAUAUUGCCCCUCCAACUAAGGACGAGCUAUCGGGCCAGGAAGACAAGCUGGACGAAGUGCCCGAGGCUGAGGCUAAGCCGGAGCACCAGCCCGUGGAGCCGGUCACUGAGCCUAUCAUGGAGCGCAACCGUGAGCCAAUGUUGGCAUCUGCACCUGUUCUUACUACUGAACCUAUGCCGGAGCCUCUGACUGACAAAGUGCCUGCCCGGGAUAUGACCUCCACCUCAGAAUCCGUUCCUGAGACAAAGGAGCACACGGAACCUGUGCAAGAGCUGGUGACUGCCCCUGUGGGGGCAAAGGCGCCCGCUGCACCAGCCAGCGAUGCGACCCAGAGUGCGACAGCCGAACCCAUCACGGAGCGCGGUGUGCCCGAGACUGUUUCGGCCACGGAGCCCGUGUCCAGCGUCGGUGCAGCUGAGCAGGAUGCGGAUUCGGGUGUGCCUACCACGACCGAUGCUCCUCUAGCAGAGUCGACGGCAGAGCUUGUAUCGGCCAAUGAGGCUACUAUGCCGAUCAAGCCCCGCGAAUCAGGUACUUCCCAGUCGCCCUUGGUGCAGUCUGUGCCGACACCAGUGUCGAAGCCAGUAUCAUUCCACGCGCCGAGUGUGGGCUCCUCGCCAUGGAUGAGCCCCUUGCCAUACUUGAGCGAGAAUAGGCUGCCUCAGCUGCCCCCCGUCUUGGGCCAGGUGCCUGAUGUGCCCAUCAAGGACGAGCCAGUGGCGCCGGCCGAGGCCCUGUUGCCUGCUUUGCCGUCUAAGCUGCCGCAGACGUCGGAGCCUGAGGCGGCCGAUGUGGCAGCGCCUGUGGGCGUGCCAGAGGUGCCUGUUUCUGCAUUGCCGACGACGGAGGAGCCACCGGCCUCGGAACCUACGGACGACGCGAGUCAGCCCGUCAUGAAGCGUCUGAGCAAUGUGUUGGGUGGUACGCUACUCCCCUCGACAGCGCUUCCUGCAUUUUUGCGAAAGAAGGACUCUCUAUCCCCACGCGAUGCGGAGACACCAGGUGAUGAGCGUCCCAAUGACAACGUCGCGCCUGCCCCGCCUGAAAAGCCGCGGGAUUCGAUGCUUGUCUCAGAGCCCGUAUCCCAGCCGGCGCCGCUGCCUGUCGCUGAGGAGCCUGCGGCCAUGGUCUCGGCGCCGCCUGUCAUAAACGCGGGUCUCCCGUGGUCCUACAUGGCAGCGUCCCCUGCGCGUGAGCCCGAGUUGGAGCCUUCUGCGCCAGCGCCAACCGUGCCACAGCCAACUGCGCCGCUGGCUUCUGUGAUACCUGACCAUGCCGUUGUACCGGAACGUGUCUCGGAGCCGGAACCUGCUGCGUCGCAGCCAACUGUGCCACUUGCUCCCGUGGUAUCUGACAGCGCUGUUGUACCAGAACGCGCCCUGGAGCCGGAGCCUACUGCUUCGCAGCCAACCGUGCCACUUGCUCCCGUGGUGUCUGACAACGCUGUUGUACCGGACCAUGCCUCAGAGCCGAAGCGCGACUCGGUAGCCGACAUGGUCCCAUGGCAAGCGCCUGUAUGGCCUGUGGUCAGGAACGACGAGGCGCCUCUGCCCGAUACACCGGCCGAUACGUCCGCGAGCCAUGGGCCUCUGCCAUGGAACCUCGCGAACACGCCGUUCCUGCCAUCAGCACAGACACGCUUCUUCGAGUCGGAGCAUCAGCUGCCGCACUGGCACGCGUCGACCGAGCCCGUGAUGGGUGCGCGCACUGCGGUGGAUGGUACAUGGCCAUCGUCCAAGCUCACGACUGAGCCUGUCGUCGCACCUAGUGAAGUGGAUGAUAUCGAUUGGGAUUUUGAGCAGCCGUCGCGUCGCUAUGCGACGGACUUGAAGCCAGCCACUGAGCCCGAGCCAAAUUUCUUGCAGACCGUGCCGGAGGAGGGCGAGACACUUGCGGAUACAUCACUUCCCGUCGAGGACAGCUCUGCUGUGGCUGAGCCUAGCGUUCAGGAUGUGGACGAGCUGAGGCCUGCACCUGCACUUCGUGGUAAGGGUGUAUACGACCCCGUGAUGCUGAAUCACUUUAUGCAUGCGAUGGACGAGAAGGAUUAUGGCCGUGCGGUGCACCGCGCGUCAACGUUGGGUGUAUCACUCGAAGAGAUUCCCUCGGACACACCGCUGCCUGACACACCGGGCAUGAACGACCCGCCCCGUCCCAGCGAGCUUUUCGCUGGCAAGGGCGUGCGUUGGGACUCGCCUGACUGGCUGCGAUCGCGGCUGCACAAGGUCGAGGGCCCGUCGCAAGAGGAGUUCCAGGCAUUUUUGAAGAAGCGCCGCCAAUUUGUACCGGCCUUUGUGUGGCGCGAUGCCGGCAGCUCCCCAGAGCCUGCCAAGGCGCCCGAGGCACCCAAGGAGGUGCCAGAGGAAGUGCCAGAGGAGGAUGCGCCUGCUGCGGGGGCCUCGUCUCUGCUGGCCGACUGGGAAAAGCAUGAGUCGCAGCCGGCCGAUGCGCGCUUCAGCAAGCUGCUGCUGCCGUCCGACUCGUACCUUCUGUCCGAGUCGGAACCGAUUGACACGAGUCUGCUAAGUCUCGAGCAGCUGGAAAAGUCGUACCAUGGCAAGGCCCGCUUGCCCGAACCGCCAGCAGACGUCGCAGCGCCCGCACCGCCGGCUGAAGAUGUGCCGCCGGCCGUGCCGCCCAAGUCGCAUCUAGGCCACACGUCUCUGCGUGCCGCCCAGUCAACAACCGUGCCGACCUCUCCGGCCCGCCAGCCCGAUGCGGAGCUGGCGCAGCAUCUCGAACAGGCCCGACGGCGGCAGGCAGCGCAGUACGAACAGUACGACCGGGAACAGACACAUCGACAGCACAUCUCACUGAGGCCACCUCCCAACGAUGGCCAGGAGUUUUAUGACGAAUUUGGCGGUACGCGUCCUCUUUACGAGACUGAGGCGAGCCGCGCCGAGGACGUGCCAUCUGGAGCGGCGCUCCACCCCUCUGACGAUGAGGUACGAGGUGCCUCAACUCAGGCGGAGGGCGGCUACGACGCGACGUAUGCGGCUCCCGGCCACAACGAACUCUCGUCGCCAGUGGACCAAGGCUACUCCGGCUACGACCCGGUCUAUGCACAGGGCUUAGAGCACACAGGGUACUCUCAAGCCUAUGCACAGCCUGACUAUGCGGCCCAGGGAUACACACAGCCUGGAUACGCGCCGCAGGGUUAUGUUGACCAGAGUUACGCACCGCAGGGCUAUGCGCCACAGGACUUCGCGCCGCAAGGCUACGCGCAGCAGGGCUAUGCGCAGCAGGGCUAUGCGCAGCAGGGCUACGCGCCGCAGGGCUAUGGGGACUAUGCGCAGUACGGCUAUGCGCCGCAGGAUGUGCAAGCUUCGUAUGCGCAGGGUCAGUAUGCGCAGGGCCAGUAUGGAUGGGACGCGUACGGGCGUGCCCCCCAUGCCUAUCCGGCAGCGGCCCCGUCCGCAUACCCUGACCCCAACCAGCCGAUGGAGGCGUACGGGGCGCCAGGCAGCUCCAUGUCUAGUCCUGUGGAUGCUUCGCAGCCGCGCAUUGCGCCGACGAUAUCGCUGACGCCGCUGUCGAAGCUGGGCAUCCCGCCUGCCCACCAGUUUAGCGAUUCACCCUUCCCUCAAGCGGCGACAGGGACUUCGUCCAUCGGCCGCGACCCGAUGGAUAUGCCGUUUAAGCCGCCGACACCCAAGAAAAAACCCUUCCGCACGGGUGCCUCUCCUGCCUCGCCAGCGUCGCUUCCCGGCGAUGUAUCUGCGCCCCGACACCACGGGUAUGCGUCUAGCGCCCGUUCCGGGCAGUAUGGCCGGUCGGCCCACCGUCCGCGUGGAUCCAGCGGGCGCACGGGGUGGUCCGCGCUGCUGACCACGGACUUGAGUCGUUAA